AUGGCCAAGAAAACGUACGACCUGCUGUUCAAGCUGCUGCUGAUCGGCGAUUCGGGCGUUGGGAAAACCUGCAUCCUGUUCCGCUUUUCCGACGAUGCAUUUACUUCUACCUUUAUCUCUACUAUAGGUAUUGACUUCAAAAUUAAAACAAUUGAGCUACGGGGCAAGAAAAUAAAGUUACAAAUUUGGGACACUGCGGGACAGGAAAGGUUUCACACCAUCACAACCUCCUACUACCGCGGUGCGAUGGGCAUCAUGCUCGUGUAUGAUAUAACAAACGAGAAAAGUUUUGACAAUAUAGUGAAAUGGUUGCGAAAUAUAGACGAGCAUGCCAAUGAGGAUGUGGAAAAGAUGAUACUCGGUAACAAAUGCGAUAUGGCGGAUAAGCGUGCUGUGCGCAAGGAAAGGGGAGAAAAUAUUGCCCGUGAACAUGACAUACGCUUUAUGGAAACGUCCGCAAAAGCGAACACAAACAUCGAAUUAGCGUUCCGCGAGCUUGCUGAAGCGAUCCUGGACAAGAUCGCCGGCAAGGAAACGACCGACAACCCCGACCGAGUAGUCGUAAACAGAAGCACCGGCGAGCGGUUACCCGCGUACAAAGCCUGCUGUACGUAG